CAAAGCACUCAGAGGGAGUCAGCCUCAUAGAGUGCAGGCAUGUGAGCAACUUUUCUUUUGGCCCAUAAAAAAAACUGUAGGGUUUAAAGCACUUUCUGGUGCACAGAGCAUCUUCCAGCUUCUACAUGGAUCAGAGCACAGGCAGCUGCAUGCGCAAUUCGCAUUCCGGGGCCGCCGUCUGGGGCUGUAUGAGAAAUCCACAUUCCGGGGCCGGCGUGCCCGGCCUGCACCAUUACCCGUCGCCUUUCUCCUUCUACAAGAAGUCGGACGCCGCCGAUUUCACCGCCUACUCGGAAUUCACGUCGCCGUGCCUGGUGUCGGCGGCGCACGGCUUCCCCGCCGACGACCGGGUUUACGUGGACCACCACCCGCCCCGGUUCCCCCGCUCCGAGUGGCACCUCCCGCCGCCGCCGGCCCCGCCCCCUCCUACCCCGACGGCGGCCAGGGAGAGACAAACCUCCUGCCUGUCCGCCAGCUCCGCCAAUUUCGAAACCGGUGGGGGCUCGCAGGCGGCCGGCUGCCUCAGCGCUGGGGAUUACAGUAGCCCGCGGGGCAUCGCGGCAUCCGACAUCGACAAGAAAAUAACCAAAAGGAAACGCGACGUCUUAGAAACUCAAGAUUCAAAUUACAAGUCAGAGUCUAACAACAAGGCCAGAAAAGAAAGGACAGCCUUCACUAAGGAACAGAUUCGUGAACUAGAGGCCGAAUUUGCCCAUCACAAUUACUUGACCAGACUGAGGCGAUAUGAGAUAGCAGUUAAUCUGGACCUCACAGAAAGACAGGUAAAGGUUUGGUUCCAGAACCGAAGGAUGAAAUGGAAACGUGUGAAAGGUGGACAACCCAUUUCACCACAGAGUCAAGAACCAGAUGAUAUAGAUUGCGUGACCCCUGACUCCGAUAUCAGGAAUGCAGAUGGAAAGAGCCACAUGGUGGGCUUAGUGGACAAUAAAGAAACAAUACAGGACAGUAUCAGAUAAAUCCAUUGGUCAUGCUCAGACUUUAAUGUGCCUUAAGUUGGGGGAACGUCAUGUGUUUAAUGUCAAAUGGCAAUAUUUUCAAUCUUCAAUGAACAUUUGAACAUCACCUUGGACCCAAAGUUUCUAAACCAAAAAUUCAGUGUUUGUUGCCUUGAGUAUUAUACUUUAUUAUAAGAAAGCGGGAUCAGAAUCGGAACUGGAAAUCUGUUGUUGCAAUUCUCAUUUCAACAAAAUGUUGUUUAUUUUUUAUUCUUAAAGAAAAAGUAGCUUGCAGGUUUGUUGUAUAAAUAAUGCGAAAACUUCAAUUCAUACCACAAUAAAUUAAGUAACAGCAUAUAGAUUUAUGAAGAUAAAACAAUGAUUGGAAGUUGACAGAUCCUCUG